GUGAACAAUAUGUCCUUGGUCGCAAUAGGUGCAUGCUAUGUGGAUACAAUCCUAACAACACCCCACUAUCCGGGAGAAGAUGAUAAGCUACGAGCUUCCAGUAUCUCCCGUCGGCGGGGAGGUAACUGUCCAAAUUCUCUGGAAGUCUUGAAGCAGUUGACAGCGAACAACCCUUCAACUGCUGAUGUCUCCCUGAACCUGAUUGCUGUCCUACCUGCGAAGGCGUCUACUGCUGCCCAAGAGAUUCAGUCAGCAUUCAAGCCCCACGUUAACCUGUCUCAUUGUAUCUUUCGAGAGGCCUUCAAUGAGCCUGCCUCAAGUUACAUCAUCAAGAGUGAAUCGUCUGGCAGUCGUACCAUUGUCAACUACAAUGAACUGCCUGAGAUGACGGUGGAUGAGUUUACCCAGAUUGCAGGCAAUCUCACCAACCCAACUUGGUUCCAUUUCGAGGGUCGGAUACCUGACGUGACUUUAUCAUGUAUCCGAUAUCUCCGUCAGCGGUACCCAUCCGCGACUGUUAGCGUCGAGGUUGAGAAGCCUGGGCGCGAGGGUUUGCAGAACCUAGCAGAGGAAGCUGACGUAGUAUUCUACUCGAAGAGCUGGGCUCAAGGAAACGGAUGUCAUACUGCUGAAGAAUGUGUUCGGAAAGAAUCGACACUGACACGAAAAGCGUCGUUGCUGUGCUGCACUUGGGGUCAAGACGGUGCUGUGGCUUUUGAGCCCAAAACGCAGACUUCAGUUCAUAGUCCUGCAUAUUCUGCAGCAAACUUUCAAGUCAUCGACCCGAUUGGCGCAGGUGACACUUUUAUAGCCGGUAUGCUAUACGCACUAAUCUGUCGAGGAAGUGAAUGGAGCCUAUCAGAGAAAUUAGGCUUUGCCAAUCGACUCGCCGGUAUGAAGGUCUCCCAGGAGGGGUUUUCAGGUCUUGCAAGAGCUUUGGAGUCUUUCCCUUAGAGUCGUUGUGUAUACUAUUGCAGAGAGUAAUUUUGCAGGGUAAG